AUGAAUGUUUUUACUUCUUUACUAGGUUGCUACAAUUCAGUUCUUCCUACUAUUUAUUUGGGGCUUCCUUUGGGUGAUAAGUAUAAAGGAAUCCACAAGUGGGACAGAAUAAUUGAUAGGUUCAAUGCUAAGCUUGCAGGUUGGAAAAAACCUUAUCUUACAAGAGCUGGAAAAAUUGCUCUCAUUAAUAGUGUUCUUAGCAGUUUACCAGUUUACUUUAUGUCCUUGUUUGAUAUGCCUAAAUAUGUGGAACUCAAGCUGGAAAGAAUUAUGAGAAAUUUUUUGUGGAAUGAUAACAAAAGUCAUAGGAAACUGCAUUUGGUUAAAUGGGAUAUGAUAUGUAGAAGGAAGAGAAAUGGAGGUUUGGGAGUCAAAAAAUUGAGAGUUAUGAAUAAUGCACUUUGGUCAAGUGGUUAUGGAGAUUUGCCAAUGAGUCUGAGGCCUUAUGGAGGAAAAUUAUUGAUGAAAACUUCAAGAUCUAAAUUUCAAACAGUUGCUACUGUAUGUUCAGGUACUUUAACUGAUCUUUUUGAAAAUUUAAAUCUCCCUAGAAGAUUAUCAGUUGAAGCUAAUGGGGAAUUUGAUAUCAUUCAUGAAAGUAUGGCAGCUUUCAAUUUAAAUCCAAGCUGUGAAGAUAUUUUUCAUUGGGCUCUUACAGCAAAGAAGAAGUUUACAGUCAACUCUUGUUAUAAGAAGUUAUUGACAGCAGUUGCAGUUCCAAAUGAAGAUAUUUUUCAGUUCAUCUGGCAGCAAAAGUAUCCUCCUAAAGUGGCUUUCUUCAUCUGGUGUUUAAGUCAUUUCAGGUUUCCCACUAGAGACUCUCUUAUCCGUAAACGUAUAGCAACAUCAUCAACCUGCCUCUUUUGCAAUAAUGAUGAAACAACAUCUCAUCUCUUCUUACAGUGUGAGUUUGUAGUUGGAAUAUGGCAGCAUUUUAUGGGAAGAUUGAAUGUUUGUUUCACAAUGCCCUCUAAUGUCCCAGCAGCUCUUUUACUUUGGCAACUAAAUUUUGACACUGAGCAGAAGAAAUUACUUUGGAAUCUCUUAGCAGCAGCUAUUCUUUGGUGUACCUGGAACGAAAGAAACGCAAGGGUGUUUACAAACAAAGCUCACAAUAAGGCUCAUGUCAUUCAUAUGGUGAAGUAUUGUUUGUUUGAAUGGGCUUUGGCUUUCAAGGAUUUUGAAGAUGUUUCUUUUAAUGCAGUCGUUGAAAACUGUGUUCAUGUUUACUUUCCACCUUAG